GCUCUGCGAGAUUUGGAAAGUUUGGAAAAGUCUUCAGCUUGGUCUGUUCAGCCAAAUGAAGCUUUGACCUUAAAUGGCACCAGCCGGGACCGGAGGAUCUCAUGUAAUCCCUGAUGAAAGAUGCGGGGAGGCGGCGGAUGGGAGACUCUGCUGUAUCCUUCUGGGCUGAUGCUUCAGGAAUAGAGCUACAGAGUUGGGUAUCUGCAGCGUUCUGGAGCCUGGAGGGCUAUCGAUGGGCCAUGGCACAUAAAACAGCACGUAGCAGAUGAGUGUCCUGGAACGCUCCUCAUGUUCAUCUAGCCGGACGGGGUCAGAGUCGGGUCUAGAAGCGGGGCCCUUCCACCACCUCACCGCCUGUCCUUCAGGAUGCCCACCGUGCCCGGAAACCAGGACCUGGCGGCGGAUGGCCUUCACCCACCUACCUCUGCACCAGCGAGGGAGGUGGAGAUGGGGGGCAGAGCCUGCAUCCCUCCCGUUAUAAUUCUUCCGGAGCCCACCGAUUUCCUGGAGGGGAACGCCGAGAAAAACUGCCUGGAAAGAAACCGACCGCACAGUCCCUCCGUCCGAUCCAGCCGCCAGUCCCGGUCAUCUUCCUCCUCUGCAAGUUCCCUGAUCUCUGUUGACAACAAUGGGCACGUGAUUGACCUGGUACACGGCAGUUUACCCGACAUCAGGAUAACGGAGGACGACAAAAUGAAGAACAUGGAGCUACUGGAGGAGGCAAAGAAAGUCAGCGAGAAAUUUUUGACGCGGCGAGGGAGGCGAUCACGAUGCAGCCUCUCCGACUCUCCUACAGUCUCUUCUCCGUCCUUGAGCCCCAAAGUGUCACCGGUCUCCUCGCGGAGUAAUUCUUUCACCUUCCCCCCGCCUCCAGGACCCGAUCCGUAUCCCAGCGUGUUCCCUUCAGCUGCAGCCAUAAUGCAGAAUGCCACAAAAACCUCAGCGCACGAGCAGAGGAAGAUCUCCCAGGGCAGGCUGACCCCUCGCCCCCACACCUUAGUAGCCUCCAAAGAGACCCUUUCCGAGCAGAAGGAAAACUUCGACCCCCUUAAACACGUGACGAAGACAUACAAAGCCGGGACGCCGGACGUCAGUAAGCCCUCACCCUGCAAACCCCUGAACAGCCCCGACCGCGAGUCCUCCAAAUCCAUCCUUAAAAAACCCAGAGACAACGAUGUGCCCCAAGGGAGCCAGGCGCAGCCCUCGGGGGUCACCGGGGUGGGGUUCCUGGUCCCCGGGUCAAGCUCAGCUGCAGCGGACUCCAAGUUCAUAUCAAGACUAGAGCAUGUGACAGCCGGGCCCCGACCUCCGCUCCUGAGGGCCCUGUCUUGGGACAGCAUGGAUCCGGAGCAGAAAACAAAAUCUAGUUUGGAUUUACCGGACAAAGAUUGGUUUUCCUUUCAUGAUAAAAGCAACAACAACCUGCCCAAGUUACCAGGGCUGAAAGAUUUCCACAUCCAGCCCGUCCGACUGCAGAAGCUGACCAAGCUGAGAGAGGAGAACAAACUGAUGAGGAGUCAGAACCUCUGCAGCCUGAAGCUUCCGGAUCUCAGUGAGGCAGCUGAGCAGGAAAGAGGGUCUUCGCCGGUCCAUGAGGAUGGUGAGGAGAAUGGAGAAGAGGCGAAGGCAGAAUCCGAUGUCAUGCCAAACAUUCCCGAUAUCUUAUUACGCAAGUUGCGGGUUCACAAGAAUCUUCCCACCAGUGCCCCGCCACUGACUGAGAAGGAAGUUGAGAGCGUGUUUGUCCAGCUCUCUCUGGCCUUUCGCAAUGACAGUUACACUCUGGAGUCCCGACUGAAACAGGCCGAAAGGGAACGCAACCUGACCGAGGAGAACAACGAGAAGGAGCUGGAAAACUUCAGAACGGCCGUCGUGUCUUCAGUGUCGCUGUGGCAUAACAGUGAACACCGUGAAGCCUUUCAGAAGCUGCUAGAAGACCUCGCUGUUCUUCACCGCAUCACCACCAGACUCUCCAGCCGAGCUGAGAUGGUUGGCGCUGUGCGACAGGAAAAGCGUAUGUCAAGAGCCACGGAGGUGAUGAUGCAGUAUGUGGAUAAUUUGAAGAGGACCUACGAGAAGGACCAUGCAGAGUUAAUGGAAUAUAAAAAACUGGCCAAUCAGAAUUCCAGUCGGAAUUACAGCGGAAGUGAUGAUGGUGUUCCGCGCUCUUCUCGUUCAAUGUCAUUGACUAUUGGCAAGAACAUGCCGCGGAGACGAGUGAGCGUUGCCGUAGUUCCAAAAUUUAACUUGCUGAACAUCCCUGGACAGUCCCCGAACUCAUCCCCUAUCCCAAUCAUGUCUUCUCUAGCGGAAUCACCCAACGGCAGGAACAGUCUACCCACCACCCCGACACUUUCUCCGCUGGCAGAAAAUGCAAAGUCUGGCGUGGAGAUGGACGGAUGUGAGGUCCGAACACCAACGGUGAUACCGAACUCUUCCGAGGAGAUCAGUGCUGAGGUGAAGGCAAAGAUUGAAGAAGACGCCUAUAACAAGGGGUUUCAAGAAGGUCUGAAGAAGGUUCAGGGUCUUCAGGAAUUUAAGGAGAACGAAGAAGAUAAGAUGAUUGAAUGUCCAACUGAGUAUGACGAGGAAGAGAAGGAAGAAUUCACAAAGCUGAGGAGCAGUAAAAUCGAGGAAUGCAUUGACUACGUCCACAUGCUCUACCCGAAGCUACUGAACCACUGGAGCGCCCUCUCCAUCGUAGCCGCUGCCAUCGUCCUCCUGGCUGUCCUGCUGAUCAUUUACAACGCUGUUUCAACUUGCACUGAACUGCCAGACGGAGGACAAAACAAAGCCACCUGUUCCGUGUCCCAAAAGUACUCUUGGUGGACCUCAGGAUCUCCACACAAGCAACGUAGACAAUAGAUGGUCUCUAUGAUGGUGGUACACGUUGGCCCUGUCGGUCACAGCGCCGGCAGAUAACUAU